CUGCAUGUUUACACCUCACUCCCAAUCUGAUCAAUUCUCAUGAUAUCAACACUGCUGAGAGGAAACGUCUGGUCCGUGUCUGUAAGCGUGUUUGGCUUUGUCAGAGGAAGGGGCGCGAGCUUUGCAGGAGAUGGACUGUGAAAUCCACCGACUGGUCUGAAAUAACUCAGCAUUUUGUUAUUGUUCAUUUGGCUCGCAGAGUGCUGAGUAGGCAGCUGACAUGAGCCUUGUUUGAACUUGGCUGGCCACUCAUGGUAAUCCUCGAGCCUUACCACUUCUCUCUCAGCCUCCUUUAGCCAUCAGCAUCCAUGUACAGCAGGGUGUCCAAGUCCAGCCCGCAGGCACAGAAGAAGAUGCAGUACCGCUCAAAGGGCAAGGGCUGCGGCUACUACAUGCGCAUCGUCUUCUUCUUCUCUUCGCUCAUUCAGUCUCUGAUCAUAGUUAGCCUCGUGCUCUUCCUGGUCUACGGUAAGACGCAGGACUCGGCGUCCACGACACGCAUCCAGGACCUGGAGGAGAGCUUCAGCCGGCUCUCCAUAGAGAAUGUGGCCCUGAGGCUGCAGAGGAAGAACCUGACCAACUUACUCAACACCACCCUGACGGAGAAGGCCCGCAAUGACUGGGACCUGGUCAAACUCCGCUACUACUCAAACAUCUCAGUGGUCUUUAUCCAAGAGCUCGACAAAAAGCUGCAAGACUGCAAUAAAGAGUUGAACAAUUACAAGAACAUCGCCCGAUGCCCAACCACAUUUCAACAUACAGAUAACUGCAACUGUGGGCUGCUGAGUGAACGACUGAAAGCCAGGCUUGACCUUGUGGAGUCCAACUUCACACAAACAACGCAGAGGAUGAGGAUGGAAAUGGACCAGACCGCCAAAGAGAGAGACACCAUUAGCUUGGAGGCCAUCCGUCUGCGGAGGGACAAAUCCACGCAUGAAAAGGAGGUGGAGUUCUUUAGGCAGAAAUGCAAAGAUGACUUCGCCCAUUCCUUGAGUGGCAUUUCCAAUGUCUCCAAGGCUUUCCUAGAGAAGAUCAGUUCCCUCUUCCCUUCGCACAUCGCCUUCCAGCUCACCUGUCCCAAACAGAGGGACCACCUGGAGCAGAUCCGCACCAAUUGCACCAGCCUGUCCAUGGAAGUGGAGGACAAGUUCCAGCGUUAUCUGGAUAGUGUGGGAGGACAGGUGUCAGCCAUCCAGGCAGAAAGCAGCCGUCUGAAGGCAGAGAACUGGCGACUGUCUGACGACUACCGCUGGUGCACCAUGAACCGCACAGGCCUGAUCCUGCAGCACGGACAGAACUUAGGCAAACUUCAGCAGAAACACGACGAGGAGAAGGAGAGACUCCUGGUGGACAAGAUGAGGCUUAGCGGAGAAUUGGAAGUCGUGAGAAACAAUGUCAAAUAUAAAAGUAAAGAGGUUGAUCACCUUACAGAGCAAAUCAAGCAGCUCAACUUGUCCUGCAUACCUAAGACAGGAUUUGCAGGAGGCUCUCGGUCAGGCACACAGUCCCAGCCUGGGUGGGGCUUCGGUGGUGGAUCCAGCUCUGCCUCGUCCAGCUCUUCUAUUGGGGGUCAGCCUAGUAGGGCAGGGUCAGGGGGAUUGAGCUUAUUUGGGUCAGAUUUCAAUAAGCCAGGAUCGAAUGGGGCGGGCUCUUCAAGUUCGUCCGUCUUGUCAUCCGGGUCAGGUAGCUCCACCGGGUCAGGAUUUAAUAGGCUAGGACAAGGAUCAAUCGGGGCAGGCUCUUCAAGUUCGUCCGUCUUGUCAUCUGGGUCAGGUAGCUCCACCGGGUCAGUAUUUAAUAGGCUAGGACAAGGAUCAAUCGGGGCAGGCUCUUCAAGUUCGUCCGUCUUGUCACCUGGGUCAGGUAGCUCCACCGGGUCAGGGUUCAAUACUGGGGGAGGAUACCCAAGCGUUGGCUCAGCGUCAAAUCCAAAUCUUAGCCCAAGUGGGACAGGUUCCAAUAACCCAGCACUGAGUGGGAGAGGCUCUCCAACUUUUGGGUUAUCCUCUGGGUCAAGCGGGAUAGGCUUGAAUAAGCCAACAUCAAGCGUGAAAAGCUCCCCAGGCUUAGGUUCAAACCUUUUUGGGUCAUCUUCCGGAUCAUCCUCUGGCUCUUCCUCAGGUUCUUCUUCUGGGUCGUCCUCUGGGGCGACUGGGGCGACUGGGGCAACGAGUAAAAGUGGGUCAGUCAGCAACCCAUUUUCUUGGUUAGGGAUGGGUAACUCAGGACAAAGUAAGCCAGGAAGUGGAACAGGGAAAGCACCAUCCACUGGGAAUAGUUAUGGUGGAACUGGGUCGUCAUUUGGUGCAGGAAGAACGAGCGGACUGGGAGGCGGUAGCUCAGUGGGCGUCACUCAGCACCUUAAAGAUCUGCAACGCCUCAUCAACCCCCCUGGCCCAGAGGAGAAACAAGAUCUCUCCAGAAUGUUGGGUUAGUCCACCUUAAUUAGAAAAGCCAAAGCUUAAAGGAGAUUUGUCUCCCACUGCAUCUAUGAAGCACAGCUCACAGCAAGCUUCUCAUAUUGAGUCCUCAUAUUUUAUAUCAAUAAAUGCACCAUAUAUUAUA